CGUCACGAGGACGUCAGCACGCACAGGGAAGUGGCUGCUGCCUGCUUUGGUUUCAGGGAAGCAGCGUUUGUUUUUCUUGAUAUUAAGACCGUGUCACUCAAGCAGGAAUUGAUUUAUUUCUGUGUUGUGUGUUUUCAAGUUCAUCAGAAUCCUGCGGGGCUGUGUUUUUAUAUAUUAAUUAUAAACAAACUGCAAGCAACACGAUGGCGUCGAGUUACAACGCUAAAGAAGAAGACGGACAGCUCUCUGGUGCCGCGGGGUCGGGCGGCGUAGGGGCUGCGAAGAGCAAGAAGCCGGAUAACACAGCCUUCAAGCAGCAGAGACUGCCGGCCUGGCAGCCCAUUCUCACCGCAGGCACCGUGCUGCCUGCCUUCUUUGUGAUCGGGCUGAUAUUCAUUCCUAUCGGAAUCGGCCUCUUGGUAACUUCCAAUAACAUCAAGGAAUUUGAGAUUGAUUACACUGGUAGUGACCCAGCCAGCGAGUGCUACAACUGCUCUCAGACAUUGACCUGGAACAGCACGAAGCCGUGUAUAUGUAAAGUCCCAUUCACACUGGAGCAGUCAUUUGAGAGCGAUGUUUUCAUGUAUUAUGGGCUGUCCAAUUUCUACCAGAACCACCGUCGUUACGUGAAAUCUAGAGAUGACAGCCAGCUGAAUGGAGAUAAAUCCUCCUUAACUAACCCAAGCAAGGAAUGUGAGCCAUACCGCACCAGUGAUAGCAAACCCAUAGCCCCCUGUGGAGCCAUUGCUAACAGCCUGUUCAACGACACUUUGACAUUGUACUACAUUAACCCCAAUGGCACUGAAAGUGUAGUUCCUUUGAUAAAGAAAGGAAUUGCCUGGUGGACAGACAAGAAUGUGAAAUUUAGAAACCCAGGUGGAAGUAACUCUAACCUAACUGCUGUUUUCCAAGGUACCUCCAAACCUGUGAACUGGCGAAAGCCUGUGUACGAGCUGGAUACAGACCCUGAGAACAACGGGUUUAUCAACGAGGACUUCAUUGUGUGGAUGCGCACUGCUGCCCUGCCCACCUUCCGCAAACUCUACCGCCUGAUUGAGAAGAAAAACAACAUGAUUCCAACCCUGCAGCGUGGAAACUACACCCUGGAGAUCACCUACAAUUACCCUGUGCGUAGAUUUGAUGGGCGGAAGCGAAUGAUCCUGAGCACUAUCUCUUGGAUGGGUGGUAAGAAUCCGUUUCUGGGCAUUGCCUACAUCACUGUCGGCUCCGUCUGCUUCUUCCUGGGCGUCGUCCUGCUGAUUGUCCACCACAAAUAUGGAAACCGUAACAACAGUGCAGAAAUACCCAACUAGUGGUGGAGUGUUGCCACUAAAAAACCUGCUCUGCAUGCGCAUAACCAGAGGGGCCCAGUUUGGACCACUAGCUAAUAAAGCUUAGAAUCGCCGGUUGUUGUACAUGUUGUUUAUCCUUUAAAUGCAGUGGUUUAUUUUAUUCCUAGGGAUGGAGCAGUUGUAACUAAAAGGCAUGUUUCAGGUUGCAGUGUGUGCAAUGUAGUGUAACCCUCUAAAAGUCACUACUUUAAAGCCUUAGUCUAUUUAUUCACAAGGCUUUAAUUGAUAUGAUACCAAAUCCUUUCUUGAUUGACUCGAUAGUCUAGGAUAGUUCAUGAAUAUCAAACUGUUUAAAAAUAGUUUGUAUUAAGUUGAAGCUUUGUGAUCAACACCCAAAAUUUGGAUGUUAAGGCAUUUUCAAAAAGCAUGAUUAAUCUCUAGUUUAACAAACGAAAAAUAGCUGUAUAUUAGAUCAUAUAUAUUUGCUGGAUUGUAUUUGACAGUCAAACAAAACCUGUGUUACAAAUUAUGUGAAUAUAGAUGUUAAUAUUUAAUUCCCUGAAGACAAUGAUGUACUUGUUGAAGUGCUUUCAAGCUGAUCUAGCAUGUUUCCUGCUGAAUGAAUGUACAGUCUGUGUUUUUAAUUUAAAUUAAUUUACUUCCCAUGCUUUUUCCAGUACACUGCACUGGUUAGAAUCUGACCUUUUAAUAAUUUUAGAUAAUCUGAUACAUCUGUAUUUUAUUCAGUUUUAUUAUACCCUGCUUCAGCUAAUAAAUGCAGUGUGUUGCGUAGACUAUAGCAUGCCUCGAACAAUUGCGACAUUUUUUUCAGGUUACAUAAGUUUACUUGGCUUAGGCACAAACAUGAGGAUUGCUGGGACCAAUAUCAAAUACCACUGAAACCGCUUUUGAUUUUAGGCUCGUUUAAUUUAAGUAUUUUUGUUGAAGGUUUUCAAAACGACAUCACCAAGCAUACCCACAACCUUACUUCACCAGUUAACUGGCACUUAACAUGCAAUUGAAAUAUCAUUGUUAUUUAUUUACUUUGCUCUGAAUAACUGUCGGUUUACUGUAUUAUUAAAAGCAGUUGAUCCUGCAGAGAUUACUUUUAAGUUAUGUGGUUUAAUAAAAGGUGGAAAAAUACAAAA